AUGGAAGCUGUUAGUUUCGUAAGUAUUGGCUGCCCUGGCCGACCUCUUGCGACUAGAGAGCCCACGCUGGAUGACCUCUUGCCCGCAGACGAUGCACAAUGGGACCAAGGGAUUGUGGCGAAUAUUGAUUCACACAAGAUUUCAUCGCCAACGACCAACCAUAUGAGCAAAUUUGCAUUGUUGUGUCAAGCCGCCCGAUUACUAGGUCAGGUCCUUCACCAACUCUCGAACAGGACUCCCGAACAUGAUCACGGCGAUGACACCUGGAUGCAGCUAGACCGAACGUUGGAAUCGAUGCUCACAGCUGCACUUGACUUCGACUCGCCCGACUACGACCAAAUCACUUUCAUCUACAAGCAAGUCACCCUUUAUCGCUCCAGCGGAAAGAGCAGUGCUAAUGCAGAGACAUUAUUUGUCGUGGAAGGCAUUACGCACACGAUCAGAACAAGUCUACUUGAGCAACAAUGCUUGGUCGGCCGUGACCCGGAGAGCGUUUCGCCGUGGGGACUAUUUUUCGGCUACCGGAUCUGUGUGUACUAUGCGUGUUCCGACCAGAAAGAAGCAUACGCCUUGCAGAUCGUCGACAGCUUGAAAGAGGUGUUCCGAAAUAUCGAGGUCAGAUGGAACGCCGCAGGUAAACUCUUCUCCGGAUAUCUAUUCAUCGUUGCUGGUAUUGACCAUUAUUCCCAGGUGUCUACCUUCGGCUUCUGGAAGCACACGAGGUCAUGA